AUGGCAGCCUCCACUACCGCUCGGCAGUCCAGCAGCAGCAGCAGCAGCAAGACCAAGAGACAAACCUCCCAAGCCUCGAGCACUCGCAAGGCUGAAUCUGAGAGCCCUGUUGCAGAAAGUAACGGCAAUGAGCCUACAUACCUGAAGGAGCUGCAAAAGAGUUUGCGCAACGCGGUCAAGAAACUGAACGCUACCGCAAAGACCGAUGCCAUUAUUGCUGAGAACCCUGGGAAAUCGCUGGACGACUUGGUCACUGAGAAAAAGAUCAAUGCCGACCAAAAGGCUCAAGUCCUGAAGAAGCCGGUUCUGCAGGCCUCGAUUGCACAAAUUGAGGAGCAGAUUGGCCACUACAAGCAGUUUGCGGCCCAAUACGAGGCACGCAUCGAAGGUCAAAAAGCGGCUCUGGAGAAGCUUCACCAGGAAGAGCUGGAGGCAGUCCGGGCCAAUGCGAUCGCCGAUGCCACCGAGAGCUCUGCUCGUCUUCUACGCGAACAGCUGCUCACUCUGACCAAGUUCUUGUGCGCUGCGGCCAACAUGCGCCACUCCGGCGAGACUGAGUCCCUCGAAAGCCGUGCUUUGGAGGGUGUUCUUUUCCAGGUAUACGGUGGCAACCAGAAGGCGGUGGAUUCCAUGGUCAAGCUGGUGGAAGGGGCGGAUGAAAAGGUGAUUGGCGUCGAAGGGGACGCAUUGGAGAUGACUUACGGUGAUGUGAAGGUCGCUUCAAACAAGUUCGCACCGGCCGAGGAGACUGAAGCUGCCACUGAGUCCGUCGUGGAGUCCGACCCUACCGUGGCCAACGCUGGCUUGACGGAGGUUCAAGAUUCGUCCGUCAGUGCUGAAGUGGCCAACGCCCAGGCCGCCAGCGCUCCCACCCAAGCCGAUCAAAUCGCACCACCCGCGCAGACUUUGACUUCGGAUGCUGCAAACCAAGUGGCCGACACGUACAACCAGGACUCUUCUACGACCGCCGAGGGUUGGGUUGAGGUGCCGCGCGACCCCGCCGAGACCGAGACGGGCUUAGAUGCGACUCCGGCCGAUGUGAACAACACGGCUGCCACCUCCGUGUCCGCUGCCGCUCCUACCGAGGACGCGACGGCCGCCGUCAAGGGACAGCACGAGGGUCGCGGUGGUGGUCGCGGUGGCCGUGGUCACCGUCGCCCUCGUGGCGGCGAUGGAUCCCGCGGUCGUGGUGGUCGAUCUGACUACCGCGGUCGAGGCCGUGGAGGUCGGGGUCGUGGCCAGUCCAGUGGCUCGCUCGCAGCUGCUCCCACUCCUCGGGAAUAG